UCUCCAGCUACAACCUAAUCACACUGUGUCAAGCGAUGCACAACUCCUAGCAUCGAAGUAUAAAAAAAACUCCUAGCAUCUUGCUGUAACUGGAAUUCAUGCUAGGUUACCUGAGUGUUUUCAGUCUUAUCAGAUCUUUCACUGUGUAUAAGUCUGUACAGUGAAACAACCUCUUGCUACUUAGCACACUUUUGAGUUAGCUUGCCUGGUAACUUGGAGCUCUUCUCUUCUUCCUUCUCCCCCUUCUUUUUUAUUCUUUCUUCCAAAAAAUAGAGAAGGAUAUCCAUUGAUGCUGGGGAGCCAGCGGGGCUUGAGCCCCCCUGGCUCCUAGCCCCCUUUUAGAUCCGCCCCUUAUCAACUUGCUGCCGCCGCUGAUCGUCAGCACGGUCAGCGCGGUAGCGCACCCCCCAGUCCCCUUAGAUCUGCCCCCUUAUCAACGGGUUGCCGACGAUCAAGAUCCGCCCCCUUAUCAACAGGCUACCGCCGCUGAUCGUCGGCAAGGUCGGCGCGGCGCUGUGCUACGGCUCGAUGAGCACCAACGGUGAUGUGUUCCCCAUCCUCGCCAUCCUGAUGCAUCAACUACGCUAAUUUCUUUAUUGGCCUACUAGAUAUUGAUAGCAUAUCCCUCCAGCUCAUUAUGAAUAAGUUUGCAGGGGAUGUAUUUGUCUAUACCAGGAAAUGCAAUGGAAAGUUGAAAAAUUUUGUCCUGUUGUCACUUGUCACCAAUAACACAUGGAAUUCAUGCUAUUGUAUUCUGCAUUUCUGUUCAUAACUACUGACAGAAAAUAGCAGGUGACCCGCUUACAGUUUCUUUAGCUAGUCGAUAGCAGGAGUACUACAAGAAUGUUAGCGCCCUGGAACCAUCUUUGCUCUGCUAAGGAUAAAUUAAAGUGUAAAUUUUACAAUAUACAGACUCCCUCACAUCUGUAUUCACUUUUGGUCCUUUUGUGUUGAAUGUUAACUAGUCAGAUUAGCGUGGUAUGCACGCUUGUAGUAAUUGUUAAAUUGAUUUUUAAUUCAUUGUUACCUUCUGUAAAAAAUAAAUAAAUCAUAAACACUACGUGGGGCUCAUCUAUUAAUGUUUCCUCUGGAACUCUCUGUCAGUGUAUCAAAACAUGUUAAAACCGAUUUUUGGCUCCAAAUCAUUAUUUUUUAACAAAUAACAUAAACAGUGUAGAUGGUCUUGUGGGACCCAGCUGCCAUGAAUGUCUAGCUACAGUACUAUAAACAACUGUUCUUGGGACCUACCUGUCAGUGGGUCCCGUGAAUAUGAAGAGUAUCAGGACCCCUAGAAUUACUCCGAAACUUAAAGUUUUAGUAUAUAGGUAUUGAUUACAUGUUUUUGAUAUCAACUGGAGACCUGCUAAGACAGAUUAUUACAGUUGAAGUAUCGUCUUCGGCAUGAAUUUAAAUGGCUAUUUAUUCUUGACCCAAAAUUAUGUCGACCCCCUUAGGUAUUUUUCACCUUUUAAGGAACAGGUAACAUAAUAAUGAUUAAAACACAUGGAUCUUCAACUCUCUCUUUUUGGUCAAGUAGAGGCAACAAAUUAUGAUCAUUUGGUAUAUUAGAAGUUAUCAUUCUUCGCCAGGCUACACUGAUUGGGGUCAGCAGGUCAACCAUCAGCAAAUGCUGCUAGCCAAAGUGGACCAAGUCUUACACAUAAAGACAACUUGGACGAAGGCAAGAUAUGUGGUUCACUAGACAGAAAGUUGACGGGUGCUUGUGUGGUCUGAGAACAAGUUUGAUUAGUAUGCUUAGAUUGGUUUUCAGGAAAAAACUGGUAUGGUUAGACUAGAAGUCACUCGUUCCAUCUCUAGCCAGAAACGGAGUUCUACAAGCAUAGCUGAAAGCCUGAAAUGCAUGCCUUCCAACCAACUUUCCAAGGGAACAUGGCGAAGGAUGGAAAUUUUCUACUGGAGAUGAUGAAGCACAGACAUCCAAUGUCUUCCAACUUUCCAACAAUAUUACUCUUCACCUUCAUACUGUUUGCUGCAAGCCUAGCUGCUGCUGAUGCGAAGGACACCCUUCUUUCUGGCCAGUGUAUCUCCGGAAACGAAACACUGAUAUCAAAGUCCGGUGUAUUUGAGCUGGGGUUCUUUGCUUACGAUGGGUGGUACAAGUACAACUUGGGCAUACGUUACAAGAACUUGGUAGAAAGAACUCCAGUUUUCUUGGUGCAAUAUCCUACUCAUUUUAGCAUCGGAGCACCGUUGUGUUUCCUUAAAGACAAACUUUAUACUAUUGGUGACCACUAUCCCUCGGAGAAUGUUCUCUGGUCGUCAGAAGGAAAUGGAUCAGCUGCAUCUGUUGCAAUUCUACUUGACACAGGAAAUUUUGUAGUAAGAGAUGAGAUGAAUCCUUCUGUGGUCAUGUGGCAGAGUUUUGAUUACCAAGGUACGGGUGAUGCACUGCAACCUGGGGCAUGGAUUGCAUCGGAUACAGUCACUGGAGCCUCCAUCAUGACCAACACGAAUGAUUUUUUUCCUUAUUAUUGUACUCUCCAGAUUGACAAAAGAAGGAAGAGGGGAUUUGCAAUUAACGUUGGCGGUUCAUAUGACUUCGGCGGUGCCUCAUAUGGCUAUCAUGGAACCUUUCCGGACUGGAUGGUGACUUACAAAGAAGGUGUAGAUUCCGUACAACUGAAUGUUCCCAAAAGCCCCAAUGCUAUUGAGUUCUUGAAACUGGAGUUGGGGCAGGUCAGUUUCUUAAGGUGGUCAGGUAAUGGUACUUUUGGUACUUGGCAACCUUUAUGGAGCUUUCCCUCCAGCUGCAGCCUUAGUCCAUUUAUUUGUGGCGCUUUUGGCGCUUGCACUCAAGCAGGAAAAUGCAGGUGCAUUGACGGUUGCAAACCGACACUUGCAGACGAAUGGGAUCUUGGCCGUUUCACGAGUGGUUGCUCAAGCAUUCACCCAAUGAAGUGCGAUGCCGAAAAUAGUUUUACUACUGACACAUUUGUUUUGUUGGACAAUCUGCAGGGACUCCCUGUCUCUGAGUACGCUCGAGAUGAGCCUGCAACAAGUAGUGAAGAAUGCAAAUCAGCGUGCCUGAGCAGCUGCUAUUGCACUGCAUAUUCCUAUAAUUCUGGGUGCAAGAUUUGGCAGUUCAAAUUGCAUAAUUUGAGUUUAGCUGAUAGUCCUCCAUAUAGCAGUAUUUAGGUUCGUUUAGGUUCCAGCAGGGAGAAAAAGGGGUUGCGCAAACUACAAAUUGUUGCUUUAGUCUUUUGUUUACUCGUAGCUAUUGUUGCUGGUUGGUCAUUGGUUUUCUGGCUAUACAAGGGAUUAUCAUCAAGAAAAAUGAAAGUAGAAGGUUUUCUUGUUGUGUACUCUUACGCACAGCUCAAGAAAGCUACAGGGAAUUUCUCUUACAAACUCGGCGAAGGUGGUUUUGGAAGUGUUUUCAAGGGAAUGAUAGCAGGGUCAACGGUUGUGGCUGUGAAGAACCUGAAGCGCUCAGGAUACGGAGAGAAACAAUUCUGAACAGAAGUGCAGACCAUCGGGAUGAUUCAGCAAACAAACCUCGUUCGUCUUUUGGGGUUUUGCGCUGAAGGGACCAGAAGGUUACUUGUCUAUGAGUACAUGGUAAAUGGUUCUCUGGAUAGUCAUCUAUUUUCAGAUAAUUCCAGUGCAUUGAGUUGGAAUCUUCGUUACAGAAUAGCAGCUGGUAUUGCCUACCUGCAAGAAGAAUGCAAUGACUGCAUCAUACAUUGCGACAUCAAGCCUGAAAACAUACUGCUCGAUGCGGAGUUCUGCCCCAAAAUAGCAGAUUUUGGCAUGGCAAAACUUCUUAAACGAGAAUGUAGCACUGCUUUGACCACCUUCCGAGGAACAAUCGGCUAUCUCGCACCUGAGUGGCUAUCUGGGCAGGCUGUAACUUACAAAGUAGAUGUUUACAGUUUCGGCAUCGUGCUCUUCGAGAUAAUCUCGGGGAGAAGGACUAGUACGAAAAUGAGAUUCGGAAACCACAGUUACUUUCCUUCGUAUGCAGCUGUUCAGGUGAACGAAGGAGAGGUUUCGUGCUUGCUGGACGGUAGGCUGGAAGGGAAUGCCAAUGCGAAGGAGCUUGAAGUCGCCUGUAGAGUCGCUUGCUGGUGCAUUCAGGAUGACGAGAACCACAGGCCAUCCAUGGGGCAGAUUGUUCGCAUGUUGGAAGGUGUGGUUCACCCAGAAGUCCCUCCGAUCCCAGCUUCGUUUGAACACCUUAUGGGCCAUGAUGACAGUGGCAUGUAUUUUGCACAAGUGCCAGGUUCCGGGAAACAGUGUUAGUUAUAGCACCGUGUAAGUUUCCCAUCGGCUGAUUGAUCGCAGUAUCUUCAUAUUCAUGCUUCUGGCCUACUUGGUAGGUGCUGAGCUAGGCAGUUGGAACUGACGAAUAGUACUCUAUGUUGUUCUAUUUACAA